GAUCUCAUGUCAUCUUUGAAACAGGACAUACUAUUGAUAUAUAACGUUGUCUCCGUCUAACUAAAGAUGCAACCAUACAUGAUGAGCGACGGUGCUCUAUGGAUAAAGAGAGGGGCCAUGGUACUCUGCGCUUGGUGGUUGAGUCAGCUAAUCGGAGCAAUCGAUGCGGCUAACAUUCCUGUUCCCACAACCCCUACACAUCAACCUGUAGCAGGAUCUACAUCAAGUCCUACACAAGGCAGUAAUGAGCCAACUUAUGCACCCAUACUUCCCCCUACUCCCCAAAGCUCAGGACGACUAGGAACAAGUGAUUAUCUGGCUGGCUUUAUCAUCUGCCUAACGAUGAAUAUUGCCAUCAUAGCCAUUGCUUUCUUCUUUCUGUGUUACCUCGGUAAGCUGUCAUCACGUUCAGGUGAUGAAGUAGACUCGGCAGAACCCCGUCAAAUAUUGUCUUGGAAAGAGGCGCUCCAUCCAGUGGCAGCCAAAGUCUUCAAAAAGAGAUAGUGUUCUUCAUCAUCAUGAACAAGGAACUCCAGGGUGCACCUCUAACCAUCUCAGAGCAGCGACAUACCGGUAGUCAUUAUCCCAUCAUUUAAAACCAGUAUUGUACUGGCAUAGCAGAAUACAUGUAUGAACCUUUGGCUCAAAACCACCCACAAGUCACAAACAGAAAAGACAGCAAAUGUGGGAAAAGGGUGAUUUUUAUUUUUUUUAAACAUUUUAGCCCUCCAUAGGCUAUUUUAUUAAGUCAAACAAACAUUUACAAAUCAAUGAAAUGAAGUCUUUCUUUAACUCAAAAAGGGUGAUUUUUGUUUGAACAAGCAUUUUCCUGCUUUUUCUUUUGCAUGAAUUAACAGUUUGCUUGUUGUUCUAUGAUAUUUCUUUCGACCAAAUUCAAGCAGUUAAUUGUUCAUGUUACGCUUUUUGAAUUAAAUAAACUUAGAAAACUUGUUGGUAAGUAUAUAUAUUUACCUGGAGAAGCCAUUUUUCUUUAGAUUUCCUUUACUACUACCCAAAGUCAAAGCAAUUUGAUCUUUAAUAAGAAUCAAUCCACCUAUUGAAUGGCUUUUCAUAAGGAUAUGAAUAGACUAAAAGCAACAUGUGGCCAAAUUAUAGCCCUAUCUAAUUAUUCUCUAUUUUUCUGUAGACAUGGUCAUGAGCUGUUAAGAAUUUGGCCACAUUGCAGAGUUCAACUUACAGAUACACUCUUUGUUUUUAUCUACAGUGUUCAUUUCUCUGAUCUUGUCUAUAAAGUAAAGUAGACAAGUUUUUUUACCAUCUUAUAAUAAAAAUGAUAAUAAUAAAUUAUAUUUCUACAGCGCUCAAUACAAAUUUGUCUAAGCAGUUUACAGGUACAUCAAAUUGUCAAAACAAUCAAAAGCAUCUUACAUAGUUGAAGAUAUUAAUAACUUAUAAACUAAAUUUACAAAAGAAGUAGUAAGCAAUCUAUUGUACCAAUUGGAACUUUGAAAUCACCAGUUCAGUAAUAUGAACAAAGCAAACACAUGGUGAUUCUAGAAUCUAGAGUCAUUGGCCGGCAGGUCACUUAAUGUAUAUGUCCAGGUACUGAUGUGAUGACAGUGUGUGAUCAUUGUAGUUAUUGAGUCAUUUGUAUCCGUUAUCAGUAGGUAGGUGAAUUACAUGCUAUCAGGGUUAUUUUAUAGUAAAUUUAUGGUGGUAUAUGUACUUAUAGUGGAAUUCCAUUUGUGAAAAAUUGAAGGUAGUGAUACUGCAGUGGAAUUAUAUUUGAAAAAACAUGAAAUUUAUAUUCAGUACUUAAAGUGCAUUAUAUUUUUAAAUGUAUAAAAGUAGUUUUUGGUACUUGCAGUGAAAUUCCUCUAUUGAAAAAAUGGAAGGAUAUAUUCUGGAAUUAUCAUUUGGAAAGACUUAAGGUAAGAUUAAGUGCUGCUUGCAGGGAAAAGUUUGAUUUUAAAUUUGGAAGGUACUUGCAGUAGAAUUUCACUACCGUAAUUAAAAUCAAAAUUCAGUGACAUUCUAUCUUGUAAAAAAAAUUACUUUAAUGUUAUACUGUAUUUACUAUUUAGCACUUGUAGUCUAUUCCAUAAUGAAAGAUUCAAAUGCAAUGUUUUGUACUUCUAGAUAUUUUCUAUUUUUAAUAAAUAACAGUAAAGUUAUGUCUUGAAAGUGAAAGUGAAAACAUAGUGUUCAGUACUUCAGAUUAAAUUCGUUGUGGAAACUUAAAGGGAAAAUGCGGUAGUAAAAUUUCACUUUAGAGGCUAAUGAAUGUAGAUUUAAACACUCAGUACUUAUCAGUAGUUGAAAUGAAAUUCUGUUUGGAGAGACCUCAAAUCUCAACUUGCAGUACUGUGCCAUAAUGCCAUUACAGUGCAAGAUAAUUGUGUGAAAAUUUGUUGCCAAAUGUUAGUCGUGUGGUGAAUGGGCAUUGUUUUCAUAAUUUGUUUUCUCUUUUUUUUUCAAUGUUAAAUUCAUUUAUUUAAAAGUAUAACAAAAUAGAAAUUGUGCUGAAAAUAUUACUUUAGUUGAAUUAGUAAGUGAUGACAAAUCACAGCCUAUUGUUUAGGGAUGCCAGUUUGAAGGCAAAAGCCUGAAUUCAGGCCCUGGCAAGUUAUUUUCAGGUCAUAGUUUAGACUUUUUUGUGUGUAAAAAAUAGCUCAUUCUAGGUGAUUUUCAGGCCCUCUGAUAAAUUCUAACUGGCAUCCCUGAUUGUUGUAUAUCAUGAAAAGUUGAAUACUAUUAAUUUUUUAUUUGUAAAAAAUGUGCAUUGCAUAUGUUUGCAAGAACAGGGGAGUGUUUCAUCAAGCCUUAAUAUUUUUUAGAGACAGGUUUAACUCACUAGAUAAGUAUAAUGAUCAGGGAAUGGACAAGUGCUCUAGGUUUACAAGAUUCUUGAUUGACUUUCUAAAAGGGAGGAGCUUCAAAAUAAAACUUUAAGAAGCUCUGCAAUCAAUCCUGUUAUGAAGGUUUUUAUAGCUUCGAACUACUACGCAACAGGCUCUGUCCUUGCAAGCACUGCAACUACACAAGGAUGUAGUGUUGCUACUACCUCUUGGAUAAUUUGAGAAGUCACGGUUGCCAUAUCUCAGUUGGUUUUAAGUUUUAUUGAGAGGGGCAUAGCUGCCUGUGUGUAGUAUAUCAUAGUAGACUGUCCUGCGGCUAAUACAAAUGUUUUUAGUCCUGUAGCUUGAUAGAAUUGCCUAAUUGAAAUAUUGUAUUUAAUUUAAUAUACAUAUACUUCACUUAAUCUUGAAGUGUAUUACCUGUAUUGUGAAAUCAGAUUGAUCAGUUUAAUAUUGAAUCAUGUUUCUAGUGCACCUUUAAAUGCUCAAUUUUGAAUAGCGUAAAAGUAUAUAUUAGUUUGUAAUAAUAGAUAUGUGCAAUAUGUAGUCUUUUACUAUUGACGUUUUUAUGUAUUGAUAAAAGUUUAGAAUGUUGGUGUUUUUACAAACUAGAUAAGGCACUGUUCUGUUGUUUUAUUCUCCUUUUUUUAAAACUGUAAUAUGCAUUUGUUUAUAAAUAUAUCUCAUCAAUAUGCCAUAUCCUAUCAGAAUGUACUGGAUGAAGAAAAAAAUGUAUUUUAAUACAAUCAUUUUGAAAUGAAAUUACUGUUAGUUCAUGUGGUUGACAUGAUCAACUAAAAUAUUGUAUAUGUACUUAAUGUUCUGUGUAAUGAUAAAAAUAUCUACUCAGCUCAUCAAAAUACAUGUUUUAAUGAAAACAAA